AUGAUCCUGCCCUGCGCCCUGGUGGCCGCUCUCUUGGCUGCCAGCCACGCAGCCAACCCUUGCUGCUCAAACCCCUGUCAGAACAGAGGAGUAUGCAUGACAACAGGAUUUGAUCAGUAUGAAUGUGACUGUACAAGGACAGGAUUUUAUGGGGAAAACUGUACGAUACCGGAAUUCUUCACGUGGCUGAGGCUAACAUUGAAACCUUCGCCGAAUACUGUCCACUACAUCCUCACCCACUUCAAAGGAGCCUGGAAUAUCAUUAACAACAUUCCCUUCUUACGAGAUAAUAUUAUGAGAUAUGUAUUAAUGUCAAGAUCACACUUGAUUGACAGCCCACCAACUUACAAUAGUGAUUACAGUUACAAAAGCUGGGAAGCUUAUUCCAAUCUUUCCUAUUACACAAGAAGCCUUCCACCAGUGGGACUUGACUGUCCAACACCAAUGGGUGUUAAAGGUAAGAAGGAGCUCCCAGAUUCAAAGCUGAUUGUGGAGAAGUUUUUGCUAAGGAAAAAAUUUAUUCCUGACCCACAAGGCACAAAUGUGAUGUUCACAUUCUUUGCCCAGCACUUCACUCAUCAGUUCUUUAAGACAGACCAAAAGAAAGGACCUGGCUUCACCAAAGCUCUCGGCCAUGGGGUUGACUUGAACCAUAUUUAUGGAGAGACUCUGGAGAGACAACUUAAACUGAGACUUCUAAAGGAUGGAAAGCUAAAAUACCAGAUGAUUGACGGAGAAAUGUAUCCACCAACGGUGAAGGACACUCAGGCAGAGAUGAUCUACCCUCCUCAUGUACCUGAACACUUGCAGUUUUCUGUCGGGCAGGAGGUGUUUGGUUUGGUCCCAGGCUUGAUGAUGUAUGCUACAAUAUGGCUGAGGGAACACAACCGGGUCUGUGACAUCCUGAAACAGGAGCAUCCAGAGUGGGAUGAUGAGCAGCUAUUCCAAACUACUAGACUGAUACUGAUAGGAGAGACAAUAAAGAUUGUUAUUGAGGACUAUGUGCAACACUUGAGUGGCUACCACUUCAAACUCAAGUUUGAUCCUGAGCUGCUGUUCAACCAGCGCUUUCAAUACCAGAACCGAAUAGCAGCAGAAUUCAAUACUCUCUACCACUGGCACCCACUUCUGCCUGACACUUUCCAGAUACAUGACCAGGAGUACACAUUCCAGCAGUUCCUCUACAACAACUCUAUAAUGCUGGAACAUGGCCUUUCCCAUAUGGUGAAAUCUUUCUCCAAGCAAAGUGCUGGCAGGGUUGCUGGUGGGAAAAAUGUUCCUGCUGCAGUGCAGAAAGUAGCAAAGGCUUCAAUUGACCAAAGCAGACAAAUGAGAUACCAGUCCUUGAACGAGUACAGGAAACGCUUCAUGUUGAAACCAUUCAAAUCAUUUGAAGAACUUACAGGAGAAAAAGAAAUGGCAGCUGAACUGGAAGAGCUUUAUGGAGACAUUGAUGCUAUGGAGCUGUACCCAGGCCUUCUCGUAGAAAAGCCACGACCAGGUGCCAUCUUUGGUGAAACAAUGGUGGAGAUCGGAGCACCAUUCUCUCUGAAAGGACUGAUGGGAAAUGCUAUCUGCUCACCUGAGUACUGGAAGCCUAGCACUUUCGGUGGAAAAGUGGGCUUUGAAAUAAUCAAUACUGCCUCCUUACAGAAGCUUAUCUGCAACAAUGUGAAAGGCUGUCCUUUCACUGCUUUCCACAUCUUAAAUCCUGAACCCACAGAGGCAACUAUUAAUGUUAGUACCUCAAAAACAGCAAUGGAAGAUAUCAACCCCACACUACUACUGAAAGAGCGAUCUGCUGAGUUGUAAAAAUCCAUCUAUUUAUUUAUUUAACUAUAUAAUUUAUUCUAUUUAUGCCUUAAAGUGUUUAAAAACCAAAG